AUGCGGGAUGCACCACCAGCAUACACACCAGCUCCAACACCUCGCGACACCCCGCUCAAUCGUACCAAACCCAGCCUGUUGAGCCUGCCCGAACCGAUCCUGUUGCUCAUCAUCUCGCACUGCCCCAUCUCCACGAUCGCCUUCAGCCUGCGUGCGACAUGCCACAAACUCUCCACCUACGCCCUCUCGGUCCUCCGAUCCGUCUACCUCCCACUCUACGCGUCUCUCGUCCAAGCUCCCAACACCUCGUCGCCGCUUUCACCGCCGUCGUCUCGCGAAUGCAAGGUAUUGGACCUGUUCAUCCUCGGUCGAAGUUGGGUCGCGAACGAGCAAAGUGCGAGCGAGUUGCUCCUCUCCUCAAGGACCGAAUGGUCACCUGAUCAAUCACAAGCCGGUCUAGAGCGAGACAUUUUCAAUUUCCUACAACCCAAAGCCAGGACCGAGGACCUCCUCAUUAUUGAUCUUCUCUCGACCCAGACCGAGUGCGAGACCGAGCUCGAUCCGAAUCUCACAAAAGAUCUCAAACUCGUCCUCACGCGAUCGCAAGUGACGCUGACACUACCUUGGCGAUCCUCGAAUCUCGAGACCAAACGCGAACCCGUCGAUAAGGCGAUUUUUCAGGUCCCCACGAGGCAAGGGGAAUUGUUGGAACGGCUCGCGAGGAGGAUCGCGAGGGAGUUCACGUCGGGUAGGGUGAGGGUACGAAAGGAUUGCAUGAUGGGUUGGUACGAUUGGGCGUAG